AUGAGCAUUGCCAACACAGUGCACGAAGUGACAAACAAGGUCUUUGGUACUGAAGGCCAACAAUCUACCGCUACACCAUCAACGAACGGUGUCAUGACAAAUGCUGAAGAUGUCGCCCGCUCGCAGGCGACUGAGGACCUCGCCAAGCCGACGGGUGCGGCGGCCCCGGCGCCAUCUUCGUCGUCGGUCCAGCCGACGAACACGCUAGCUGGAUUCAGAGGCGCAACGGCUACAGGUGAAGAUCGCGUGAACGAGAAUACCACAGUGUAUACGGAACCUGUGCCCCAGGUGCUCGAGUCGGAAAACCACCACGUCAUGACUGAGGCUGUCCCAAUCACACACACUAGUGUGCCCGACUACAAUGAAAAGCCUACCGCAGCUCCCCCUAUUGCCGGGGGAGACCUGUAUUCGAUUCUUCGUGACUCUGGAUCAAACCGCUCGACGAACUACACGGCUGCAGCCAUUAACUCACAGCCCGUCGAGACGUCGUCGAUAACUGGCACACCGGGUGUCGCUAGCUCGGCCGUUCCCUCGUACCUGCAAAAUGCGACCCCAUAUGAGCCAUCGGCCCAGCCUUCGUGGGUUAGCUCAAUGUCGCAAGCGCAGCCUGCUCGUGAGACGUUUGCACCCACCAGCACCGUUUCAGGUGCUGGUGUCGGUGCAGCUGCUGGCGAUGCACCGCUUGUGGGUGGAUCAGCCACCGGCCCUCAGACGCUCGAGAAGUUUGAGCCUACUGACGAACAGGCUUGGUCGGUGCGUGGCCCUGCCUCCAAGACAAUGUCGCGGGGCCCUAUCGACCUCGCUCAUCGCCAGCCAGGCUUUGUCGGCGCUGGUGGUGCUGCUGGCGCCACCGGUGGCGCUGCUGCUGGUGCUGGUGUUGGUGCUGGUGCUGGUGCUGGUGUUGGUGCUGGUGCUGGUGCUGGCGAGGUGCAGGGCGCGGCUGGCUCGGCCACAGGUGCCGCUGGAAAGCAAGCAGGCGGCGUCGGUGGCGCAGUCAACGAUGCCAAAUCGUCGGCGAACAAUGCGACUGGCAACGUCGGUAAGGAUGCUCUGUCUGCUCCGGAAAAGAAGGCCACAGAUGCUACCUCGGGUGCUGAGAAGAAAGUCUCUGACGCCGUAUCGGGCGCUGAGAAGAAGGGUAAAGACGGCGUGUCAGGUGUUGAAAAGCAGGGCAAGGAUGCAGUCUCUGGUGCCAAGGACCAGGUUCAGAAUGCCGCGUCUAAGCCAAAGAAGAUGGGUCUCAUGCAAAAAGUGAAGAAGUCGUUGAAGAUCGGCAAGGAAUACAAGUAA